CGACAAUGGUCAGAUUGGAACGGGGCGAAGAUGGCGCAGGGCCGAGUGAUCCUGUUCGGCGACUUCACGGCGGAAGAGACGCAAGAAGUUCUGGCGACUUCACAUAUUGCACCGCCGCCUCAACAACCCAAACUCGCCAAGCCGUUUUCGUGGUCUAACCUCGCGAAAUCACAGACAGCUAGUGGCCCCUCGCGGCCGCCACCAACGGUGUCUGUGAACACAUUGACGACGACGCUAGAAACUGCAUUUGAGGAAGCGCUGACCGAACUGAAUCUGCACGAGUGCGCAAGGGAUCUCCAGCGUCGAGGCUUUGUGAAUCAAGGCAACACGUGCUUCCAGAACGUCACGUUUCAAGCGCUGUUGGCAUGCCCUCCAUUUCGAAACCUCCUUUGCCUCCUGUCUGCCAAAGCUGGCGACAUCAACGUCACACGUCAGCCUCUCGUCGGGUGGAAGCACUUGAUUCAGCUCAUUCGAGAGCUCGACGAGCCGACGCUCGCGCAGCAAAUGACCAUGAAGCAGCAGCACAAGAAACCGGCAGCUCCUGUCAUCUUGUCGCCGCACUUCCUCCGGCUGUUCCAGUCGGCCAACGGCAUGCAGCAGGACGCACUCGAAUUCCUCGAGUUCCUCCUCGACCAUCUACACGUCGACUUUGAGACGAGCCCGUGUUCGUUUCCGCUGCAUGCGCCCGCGUCUCCCCACGAUGGAUGGGCCGAGAUCCAGAAACACGGAAAAGCAUCCAUCGUCCACCACAACAUUGUCGAGAACCAUUCACCGAUCACAUUUCUUUUCAAAGGCACGCUGCGGUCCGAGCUCAUUCGGGCGGGGCGCAAAGUCGGCGCCGCCACGAUCGAGCCAUUCCACUGCCUCCACUUGACCACGCCAUCGUUGACCGCGACGCUGUCCCAGAUGAUCCAAGCCACGAUGGCAGACGAGGUACGACCGUUCGGACCAACACCGCUUCGAACACGCACUUCCAGGUCCUCGAGCCAUCCACCCUCAAGCGCACGACGUUCGAGACGCUUCCCGUCGUCCUCACGCUCCAUGUCAAGCGGUUCACGUACGACGCGGUCCAAGGGCCACUCAAACUCGACACGGUCGUUCAGUACCCCGUCGAGCUCGAUCUGCCGCCGUCGCUGUUUUCACCAACGUUGCUGCACGAGACAAAGCGCGCCACGUACAAGCUGUUUUCGGUGAUCUCGCACCAUGGCCAGCACGCAGUCGGCGGCCACUACACUGUUGUGUGCUGCGACGCCAAAGACCAGUGGUCGCUCUAUGACGACGACGCGGUGCAGUACGUACCCAAGCACGCGGCGCUCGCCGAACGCGCCUACCUCCUCUUUUACCUCCGCGUGACUCCAUGACAAUAGAUGCCUUCUUCUCGAGUGUA